GUGACGUCGGCUGACUUGUCGAGGACGGUCGAGGUAGAAGAGACGAAUAUCAAUGAAAACUGAUGAAAACAAAACUGGGAAAGAUGUGCGGUCAUAACGCGACGUUGUUUAUUGUGCUCUCGUUAUUUCUGAUACUGUUCUGCGACACGACGUCAUCGGAAUGCAUGCAGCUGGCUUCCUGCAUGUGCUCGUUACCGGACGGCCAUUAUUACAAUUUGACCAGUCUUGCUGAUGCAGAACCACUUUUUGAUAACAGGAAUAAUUGGACAGUAUAUUUUCAUCCAUGUACAAAUCGACCAAUAGUAAUAGGCAAUGAUACCAAAACAUGUGGUGGAAAUGGAGUAUCGCUAUGUAUGAAGAAUAACACAGAAGUAUUAAAUAUGGGCACAGUACAAGAAACACACAUGAAAUUGACUGAAAACAAUGUUUUAUUGUUUGAAAUACAUCAUAAUAACACUAAGUCGACGAUAAUUAUUUUCUGUAACAGAGUGGACAACAAAACAAGUUUCACAUUGGAUACUCCGAUUCCAGACCCUAAAAAUUUUUCUUUUAGACUGAUGUCACCAUAUGGGUGUGCGAUACAACCAGAAAGGGGAUUAUCAACAGGCUCUGUCUUGGUGAUUUUAUUCUUUAUCAGCGUUGGGGUAUACUUCAUUGGUGGUAUUAUUGUGCUGAAAGCAUUGAGAGGAGCGACGGGCUGGGAAAUGAUACCUAAUCAUGAUUUCUGGUGCAAGCUUCCUUCGUUAGUCAGAGAUGGUGUUGUCUUCACUUUCAACUGUUGUCGAGCGGACAGCUACGAAAGAAUAUAAUAUAAUGUAUAAUGAGAAUCUUUUUGUUAAACCAGUUCGAUAUUUAUUAAGUGCGCGAACUUUGUUCCAGUUUAAUGUAUUAUAAAUAGUCCAUUUGUAUUUCAAAUACUUUUUCUAUCCUCACUUUUGUUUUUAAUGCUGUAAGACUUUGUAUAAUUUAUCUAGCAGAGUUUAUAUAAUAUUUAGUUAUAUUUUUUCGUUGUGUGUAUUAAUUUUGUAAAUUACUUGAAAUUAAUUUACUUAUGUUGUACCGUUAACGUAUAUUUGUUUCUUUCAUUAUUUGUUUAUGUUAAAAAAUGUACAUACAUUGCAAGUUGUGAUAUUCCAUUGCGCUGUUUCACGUGCCAAUGUUAAUUUUUUUUACCAGACAGACAUUUUAAUUUAAUUUACAAGAUUAAUUUACUUGUGUAUAACUGCAAGCUGUAUAAUGAACACCUGAAAACCGAGAAAACUAUGUACCAAAGUAUUGUUGAUUCUUUCGAACGUUGUGUGAAUAUGCUUGUUUCAAAGUACAAUCUGUAUAACGACAAACCACAGUAAAGACGAUCGUGAAUCGUAUAAGCUAAUAUAAACAAUGUAUGUUUGUAGGAUAAUAUAAUUUGACACUACAAGGGCCUAAAUGCUAAAAUCGGCCAUUCUCUUACGGAUAUGCAUUUUUCUCCAGAAAUAUAUUUUUUUAUAAAACUUUACUUUUUAAGGUUAGCGAAGCCACAUGAGAUUAGCUUUUUCUACAAUUAGAGUAGAAAGCUCUCUUGCCUCUUUUAUACAGCGAACUGUUCGUUUAUACGUAAGCGGUUAGGUCCUUGUACAGUCAAUAAUGGCGGAAAUGGUGAUUUGAUAAUGUGAUGUUUUAUUAACAAAGUCUCUCAAUAAUACAAAAAUAUAAAUACCUA